AUGAAGAGGACCUCGUCGAGACUGAUGGGCGAGAGUCCCAAAAAUAAGCAGACAGAAGCAGCCGCCGAAGAAGAACCCGAGGAAGAAGAAGUGGUAGAAGAUUGCAUGCUGUGUUUGGAAGCGAUGCACGACAGUGACCACAAAAUCCCAAUGCUGUGUCCAUUGGAUGGUUGUCCCUUUAACUACUGCUCUCAGUGUGUGUGGAGUCUGCUACUCACCAGCAGUCAACCCUACCAAGAAGCCAGUGAUGGCAGCAAACAACUCAAGGUUCCACUGCAAUGUCCACAAUGUCGGACACGAUAUCCUCAUCGACAAGUCGUACAGGACGUGCUCUUGCUACGACGAGCGUGUCGUCUGCAACCGCUCUUUUUUUCGGAUCACCACACACCCGUCAGUAUGAACGGUAGUCCGCUCAAGGAGAAUUCUCUCAAAGCUAGUGAUCUCAGCGCCAAACAGGAUUUCCUAGAAUAUGUCACUUGGGAAUCCUUGCAGGAAAGUUGGACUCGCGUUGAUCGGUACUUGAAGGAUCGAUCCAAUCCACACGAAGGAUUCGAAGUCGAUACCAUUACUGACACUAGCAAUCGCAUUCCGCUACUUCCGCGGCAGUGGAAGGAACAUCUACUGCGACAAGACGAUAUCGACAAGGCAAACGGAACGGCCAAAACACAGGGUCACAUUCUAGGCAGUGGUCAAGCCAUGUACGAUUUAGUCGACCCGACAUUGUUUCAAGGAAUGGACGAAACCAUGACCCUCAGCGAACAAGAGUUCCUCAGCAAACUACUUGUUAGUGGCUCGGUACCCAAUUUAAUGCAAGCCGCACAGAUACUCCAUGGCAUGCUCCAAUUGAUGCUGCACGGCGGUCUCAAGGCACGACAAAAUUCAUCGCUCAACAUUUCCGGCAUUAGCACGUCCUCACCCACACGCAACAACAAUCAUCAAGCCAAACGGAAUUAUCGCAUGUUGGCCACUGGCACCAAUUUGUUGUAUCCCGAUAUGGAUCCGACGACGUUACGAAAACGAUUUCCAUUGCCAUUGCACAUGCCACGAUGGAUGGUCAUUCCCGUCUAUCAUCCCGACCGGAGGGGUGUUCCACUACACGUCAAGGCACACAAGUACGGAUUGGAAAUCACGUCCGUCAAGGGCAGUGCCGGUCAACAAGGCAUUCGAAAGGGUGACGUAAUAACACACAUUAACGAAGAACCCUGCGAUGCCGGGACCACCACGGAGCAAUUCAACACGUACAUGCAGUCGUUGUACGAGACCAACUACAAACAUCAGAGCUUGGAUGCUUCUACUGUCACGUUGGUCGUCAAUGCGCACGAAGAUAUGGCACAGGAAUUGCAGAAACGGAGUUUUGAAAUCAUUCACUUUUUGACGCAGCAAAGAAAAGAGGAAAACAAGUAA